UUUCUCUUUCUCUCUUUUUUCUUUUCAGGAACAAGAAUAUAAAAGAUGAAUACAGAGUUUGACGAUGUGUUGACCAAUCAACCUGUAGUCAUUGAUAAUGGCUCUGGCGUAAUCAAAGCAGGUUUUGCAGGAGAAGAACAACCUAAAUGCUUUUUCCCUUCCAUUGUUGGACGACCGAAACAUGAACGCAUUAUGGCAGGUGCAGUCGAGGGAGAUAACUUUAUUGGUAGAAAGGCUCAAGAAUUACGUGGCUUACUAAAGAUUAGAUACCCUAUCGAGCACGGUAUUGUCACAGAUUGGGAAGACAUGGAACGAAUCUGGCAAUAUAUUUACACAGAUGAACUCAAGACACUUUCUGAAGAGCAUCCUGUCUUGUUGACUGAAGCGCCCUUGAACCCUCGAUCAAAUCGGGAUACUGCAGCUCAAAUCUUUUUUGAGACUUUCAAUGUUCCUGCCUUGUUUACUUCGAUUCAGGCUGUACUUAGUUUGUAUUCUUCUGGUAGAACAACAGGCAUCGUGCUUGACUCAGGAGAUGGCGUGACACAUGCAGUACCUGUUUAUGAAGGAUUUGCUAUUCCUCAUGCUAUCCGUAGAGUAGAUAUUGCAGGAAGAGAUGUUACUGAAUAUUUGCAACUUUUAUUAAGAAAGUCUGGUUAUAACUUCCAUACGACAGCAGAAAAAGAAGUUGUGCGUAUUAUCAAAGAAAAGACGUGUUAUAUUGCAUUAAAUCCUGUUAAAGAAGAAAAGGAAAUAAGCGGUAAUAUAAAUGAUUUUAUAUUGCCUGAUGGCAAUAUUAUCAAGCUUGGUGCAGAAAGAUUCAAAGCACCCGAGAUCUUGUUCCAACCAGAGUUAAUUGGAGAAGAAUAUCCUGGCGUCCAUCAGAUUAUUGUUGAUUGUAUUGGUCGUGCUGACCUUGACUUGAGAAAGUCUCUUUACUCUAAUGUUGUUCUCUCUGGCGGAUCUACCUUGUGUAGGGGAUUUGGUGAACGUCUCUUGUCCGAAAUAAAGCGACUUGCAUUAAAAGACAUAAAGAUCAAGAUUUAUGCUCCCCCUGAAAGAAAAUACAGUACAUGGAUCGGUGGCUCUAUUUUGGCUUCUCUCAAUACAUUCAAGAAGAUGUGGGUAUCAGCUGAAGAAUAUCAAGAAGAUCCAGAUAUCAUUCAUAAAAAGACAUUUUAAUUUAUCUUUUCUUUUGUAUACCAUUAAUUAUAUUCAACAACAAUUACAAGUGAUCUUCUUUUUAUCAAUAUAUCUUUUCAUACAAUAAAAAAAGAAUCAAGAUGACUUUUUACUCGUGU